AAGAUCAGGAGACAGGCAUUUAAUGGAGCACCGAUACAAUGGGAGCCAGCAAACGACCUUAAGUUUGGCGAGUUAAUGUUAGCUUUGUAACUAUUAACUCUGUGUAAUUGUGCCUGUAAUGGCCUUGGCAAACCAUUGAAAUACAAACAAUUAAAGGCUAACAUUUCGAUCGAAAAUGAUCAGAUUUGCGUUUGGAAGAUGCAUCAUUUCUGGGGUUCCAGUGUGGAGAUGCCUUCAGCAGACAACCAGAGCACCAAACACAGUGAAAUACACAACCAGAGCUCAGCUGCUGUUCCACCGUCCAGCCUCCUCGGGGUUAAUGCCAUCCAGACUAACUUCCACCAGCAGGUUUUUGAGCAUCAGGCCCCUGAGCUGGCCUGCCUCACGUCUCUGCCACGGGGAUUCGCAAAGCACCUCAGAGAGAGCGGAUAAAAAAGGGGGUUUCAGUUUGAGGACCCUCGCCCAGGCUCCCAAACCAGCUCUGUACCUCGGUUUCUCUGGGCUCAUCCCUUUCCUGUCCGCCCCUCUCCUGAUGGCUGCCACACAGUCCUUCUACCCCGAACUGGCAUACGCUCAAGUGGUCUACGGAGCCUCUAUUGUCUCCUUCCUUGGAGGUUCCCGCUGGGGGUUUGCCAUCCCUGCUGGUAGUCCUGCUCAGCCUGACUGGAUGAAUUUAGGCAACAGUGUGGUGCCUUCGCUUCUGGCCUGGCUGGCUCUGCUCUGCAGGGACAAUAUUGCAGAGGGUGCCCUGGUAGUUAUUAUGGGACUGGGUCUCUCGCUGCACUAUGACCUGACCCUGCUGCCUGGCUACCCUUCCUGGUUCAAAGCAAUGCGAACCAUCCUCACCCUGGUCGCCACCUUUUCACUGGUGGCUACACUGACAAUGAAAAAGUUCUGCACUGAGAAGAAGAUCAGAGAGAUUCAGAACUGAUUUAAAAGGACAGUUUGUACUUUGAGCCACAUGGACUUUAAUAAAAAUGUAGAAUAAUAA